UUUUUUGAAAAACGCAUAAUAAUAAUAUUAACCAUUGUGUUGUACGGCAGUAGCCGUCUGCCGUUCUCACAACGGUUUCGGUACAACCGUUUUCUUUGUUUUCUAUAAUACAUUUUUCUUCCCACUUUGAACAAAAUCUUUCAGUUUUUUUCCCUUAGCUCUUCACGUCGGUUGGCCGUCUUGAAAAUCUCGCAGCUCGUCAAAAAAAUUACCCGGCUAAAAUGCUGACCGCUAAAUCGCAAAGGUUCUUCAAAAACUCAUAUGUUUGCGGCUGUAUGAUGAUGCAAAGUAGAAAAAUUUCCUCUAAUGAACUGUCCACCGCGUUGCGGCCAUUCUAUUUUUCAGUUCACCCAGAUCUUUUUGGACAGUACCCAAACGAAAGGGCGAUCAAUGAAAGUUCUUUGCAAAUGCUGAGCUCGUUCAUAGAGAGUACGCGUAAAAACCAACCCGUCAAGCCGGUGACAGUGAAAUUCUUUUUGAAACCUCACAAUAGAACUCAAAACAUCGAUCAGUUAAAAACUGUCAACAUAUAUUUGAAACAAAACGAUCUCAAACAAACGGUGUCCACAAUCCUGCAAAGCUGUAACCUUAGUACAUCAUACGUGGAUGGCUUGGCGGCCAAAUCGUCAAAUUACAAACAUAAAAAAACCUUCAGCAGCCCAAUGCCUGAUUACAUGUACAAAUAUGAUUAUGUAUGGAACAAAGAUCCGAACAUAGGCGACACAAUGCGCGAAGAGUUUAAAAAGAAACAAAUUACUGACAACUUGUUCAAAUGGUUGAAAAACAAUUCAAACAGCGCUCGUGAAAAGUUAAAAGUGUACGAACCGAUCAGGCAUGAAGUCUCUCGUAUCCAAGCGCACCUUUGUGAACAUUUGGGACUGAAAAGCAUCGGAUUCGACUGUGGCUGGGACGUACGUCAUUGUAUUGGCUGUCUCGUUAGCUUUCAAGCGCUAAUGGAGAAUCAUCCUGCGGAGAUGACGUUGUUAAAGAAUCGAACGAUCAUGUUUGGGAGAGACACUGGUCUGAGUUUAGACGGCAUUAUUCUUUUAAACAGCGGCGAAGUCCGACACAACUGGCUUGAUUUUAUCAAAAAUAUUGCCAAAGAAGAUGCCGUAUUAUUGACAGUGCCCGCUUACGAAAAAGCCGCUUCAAGAGUGUUACGCGAUAUAAAAGUAGUUCGAAGAAAAUUUCAACCCAAGACCAUGGCAAAGCAGUAUGAAAACAAUCUACGCAACCUCACUACCUCGUUGAGUGAUUAUCAAGGUCGCAGUGGUUAUCCGAAGACUUGGCCCGAUUCGUUGAACAAUUUCGAACUGGUCGUGGAAACUGAAGCUGGUCCGCUCAUGGUGUCGCCUACAGGACAGAUCAUCGUGCCAGCAUCGUGUCCUGCUACUUUAUUGGUCAACUUAAUAUCUAAGAAUUUAUCGAAGGCCACCGAGCUACUGGAAAAAUAUCAAAAGGAGAAAUACAUUGAGAAAGAUUUGUUCACCAGUUGCAUCAACGAGUUAAAUCUGGAAGCGUUGACCAAAGAUGAUAGCAUCACUCCCAGUUUGAUGAUCGAAUGCUGUCGAAAUCUGCACGAUAACCGGCACAAACUUAGACGAGUUUUCAGCGGCAUGCGAGUGUGCAUCACCACUUAUUAUUGUAUCAUGUCCGAUGGUCAAAUAUGCAUUCCGUGGAAUUGGAACUCUAAAUAAAAACACUAUCGGCAACGACCAAAAUAUUUAUUUAACAACUUUUAUUUUUAUCAUAUUUAUUAUUAUGGUUUUUAAUUUGAAUUUUAAGUAAUUACAUUUAUUUAUAUAUUUAUAUUAUAAUGUGUACGUCUUAAAGAGCCAAGAUGCAAAUACGUUGCCAUACAAGGUUUAUUUUAAAAAGUGGUUGCCAUUAUUGUAUAAAAUUAUAUUUUAGCUGUGAUUUAAACGAGUGAUCACGGAAGAGACUCGAGACAAUAGGACUUGUAUCAGUGAAAAUUUAGUUAUUUAGGAAACCAAUCGUAGGUUUUAGCGCAAGACUUGGUUUUUAAAAGUAUACUAUUUUAGAAUGUAAGAAUAGUAUAUCAUAAUACCGUUUGUUAACUACUUAACAAAGUACAAAAAUAAUAAAAAAUAUAUUGUGUUUUGACGAUAAUUAAUUUGCAAUUUACGGUAAAUUGACUUUGUCGGACGCAAUUGAAAAAAACUACUCAAUAUAUAUGUUUUUUUUACAAAUAGUAAUAACGUUGAUUAUUUUAAUUAUACUAUGUUGAAAUUUAAUUAUAUUAUAUAAUUUUACUAACA